GCCCACAAGCAUAGAUUCGCUCUAUGUUGCAAAUCCAAGAGCCUUCCUAGCUGGUGGCUCAGGAAUGCAUGAAUGUGCUCUGCUCUGCUUUGAUUCUCUCUGCUCAAAAGAUUGUCUGCUUUUGUCCUUGUCUUUACCUCUCCUUUUCAUGGAUGCUCUAUCUUUUUGAGUUUCUAGGCGGUUUCAGGCACAAUGUGUAGCUGUACCUCUUCAUAUUCAUUACAAUAGGUGGCCUCUUUACUGCACUUGCCCGGUCCGUGACGAUGAGCUACUCUAAUCAUUCUAUGGGUUCUGGUAGUAGAACUGCAAGAAGGACCUUUGAGUUUGGAAGGACACAUGUGGUGAGGCCCAAGGGAAAACACCAGGCCACAAUAGUUUGGCUACAUGGCCUUGGUGACAAUGGCUCAAGUUGGUCCCAGCUCUUGGAAAACCUUCCACUUCCAAAUAUAAAAUGGAUUUGUCCAACUGCUCCUACUCGUCCUGUUGCAGUACUCGGUGGAUUUCCUUGCACUGCAUGGUUUGAUGUGGGAGAGCUUUCAGAUGAUGGUCCAGACGAUUUGGAUGGUUUAGAUGCAUCAGCAGCACACAUUGCAAACUUGUUGUCAACUGAACCUGCUGAUGUUAAACUUGGUGUCGGGGGCUUCAGUAUGGGUGCUGCAACUGCCCUCUACUCUGCCACUUGUUAUGCACAGGCGAAAUACGGAAAUAACAGCCCAUACCCUGUCAAUUUAAAGGCAGUUGUUGGCUUAAGUGGCUGGCUUCCAGGUUCAAGGAGCUUGAGGAAUAAGAUAGAAGGAUCACAUGAGGCUGCAAGGCGUGCUGCAUCGUUGCCAAUUAUGCUCUGUCAUGGAAUGAAUGAUGAUGUAGUGGCCUAUAAUUAUGGAGAGAGAUCCGCCCACUGCUUAAGUUCUGCUGGAUUUCGAUAUCUUACAUUCAAAGCCUAUGAUGGACUUGGUCAUUAUACAGUUCCCAAAGAGAUGGAUGAGGUCUGCACUUGGCUAACUGCAAGGCUGGGGCUUGAGGGGUGCCACUCAUAAUCACAAUUAUGACAUGGAAUGAAAUUUUCAAACUGCGGCUAGUAAGGAGAAGGAAUGGGGAAACAAUAACAGGGAAAAAGCAUACACAUCAGCGGAGUAGUUACAGAUGCGGGGUGUGGGGGUAUAUGGUAUAGUUACAUUGACCUUAAUUCCCUUUGGUCAUGUCUAUCAUAAAAUAAAGUUUUGGAUAUGCAUUUUCAUUUGGCUUGUAGGCACCUAGAUGUGUUUUUCUGUUCAUUAAUGUUAUUCAAUCUAGUGGGUUGUGGUUUC